AUGGGUUGUGGAGCAUCUUAAGAGGCAUGCUGUUAGUCAAAUAAUGUCAACCAAAAACCUAUUUCUCACGGACUAAAUCUAAAAAGAUACAAUAAAAAUCAAGAACAAUCUUAAUCAUCAUUUCUUGGAUCACCAAUGCUUUAGUAAGCUCAUUAUUUGGACAGUUCUAUGAAGCAGAACUAGAUGACUUAAAUGAUACAACAAAGUGAAAAGCAUAUGAAUCAGCUAUAAGACAUGUAUGAAAAAUCAACUGACCAUGGUCAUAGUGUUGCGGUCGCAUAACAAUGA